GACCUCUACUGCAGUUGAAAACACAGUGGAGCCCGGCUUGAUCAGUGGGAUGUUUGUUUAGGUUUUCAUUUUACCUGUCAACACAGUACUCUCAGAUAACAGCACCGCAAGACAGGCUUAUGUGCUCCGUGCCGCUGGAUCUCCGCUUAGGGGUGCUCAGAGUGUCAGCCGGUGUUGAGAUCUAUCACUGCACUGCAACAUCAAUAUGGGUGUGAUCAGUGUGCAGCUGGUGGUUACCAUGGUAAUGGCCAGCGUGAUUCAGAAGAUCAUACCCCACUAUUCCUUUGCACGAUGGCUCCUCUGCAGUGGCAGUCUGCGUUGGUACCAGCACCCCACAGAAGAUGAGCUGAGGACCUUAGCUGGAAAACAGCAGAAAGGAGGCAAGAGCAAGAAGGACAGGAAGUACAAUGGGCACUUAGAGAACAAACCAAUGACUAUUCCCAAAGACAUCGACCUUCAGCUGGAGACUAAAAGCAUUGCAGAGGUGGACACACUAGCUCUGCAUUACUUUCCUGAAUUCCAGUGGUUGGUGGACUUCACGGUGGCUGCCACAGUGGUGUAUCUCAUCACGGAGCUGUACUUCUGUGUGGCGGAGCCCAGUGAGGAGAUGAACAUCAGUGUGGUGUGGAGCCUGCUGGUCUUGGCCUUUGUCACGAAGAUCCUUUUCUCCCUCACGGCUCACUACUUCAGACUAGAAGAGGGCGGUGAGCGUUCCCUCUGCAUCACCUUUGCCUUUUUCUUCUUUGUGAAAGCCAUGGCUAUCCUUAUUGUCACAGAGAACUACCUGGAAUUUGGCCUUGAGACAGGCUUUGCAAAUUUUUCUGAAAGUGCCGUGAAGUUUCUGGAGAACCAAGGCCUUGAGUCUCAGGGCCCCAUAUCCAAGCUGACCUUUAAGCUGAUUCUGGCACUGCUCUGCGCUCUCAUUGGAGCCUUUCUCACCUUCCCAGGCUUGCGAUUGGCCCAGAUGCAUCUUGAUGCCCUCACACUAAACAACUGCAAAGUCACACAGACCUUGCUACAUAUCAACUUCUUGGCCCCCUUAAUCAUGGUACUGCUAUGGGUGAAGCCCAUAACAAAGGAUUACAUAAUGAAUCCCACAUUUGGGAAAGAUAGUGUGCCUUUAAUGUCUGAGAAGACAUACGACACGUUGCGACUGUGGGUGAUCCUGCUUCUGUGUGUGCUGAGACUAGCCAUGAUGCGGCAUCAUCUCCAGGCCUACCUCAACCUGGCCCAGAAGGGCGUCUUGCAGAUGAAGAAGGAAGCGGGACGCAUUAGUACAGUGGAUCUCCAAAAGAUGGUCGCCCGAGUCUUUUACUACCUGUGUGUAAUAGCUCUUCAGUACAUCGCACCUCUGGUGAUGCUGUUGCACACUACUUUCCUGCUAAAGACAUUAGGUGGAUACUCGUGGGUGAUUUACCCCGAAGAGAAUUUGCCGUGUCUGUCAAAUGAGGACUCGAGCCCCGCUGAGGUGGGGCAAGACGAGGUGCAGGCCUCUCAAACAGUGGCCCAGCUAUCGGUUGCUCUCGGGGGGCUGAGGACUGUUUUCUCCCCCUUGCUUUUUCGAGGGCUCCUGUCCUUCUUCACUUGGUGGAUUGCUGCAUGCCUGUUCUCCACCUCUCUCUUCGGCCUCUUCUACCACCAGUAUCUGAUGGCUGCAUAGCAUCGGGAAGGUCUUGUUCGACUGAACUGUGCAACACGAGGCCCUGAAACAUUCCCCUUUUUCUGCAACCAUAUCAGCCGAGUUCUUCUCUGACGGGCUUCCUCCAUGGACACAACCUAACCAAUACAUAAACAACAACCAUAAUAAUUCAGUCACUGUUCUUAAACAUCAUGAAUGGAGGAUGGCAUCCAAAGGAGACCUCAAAAAAUGCUGUUUUUAAAGGGGAUGUCAUCUUUGAACCACCAGAAGAUUGAAAGCAAGGGAUCACUCAUGGUCUUUGACAUACUGCAUUUUAUUUUUUAGAGUAUAAAAUUAUGAUCAAUCAAUUGCAUAAGAAUUAUGGUUUUUAAUAGUGUUUUAAAGUUGUUUCACUUCUCCAAAGUAGAAACUGGGUUCUGCUUUAGGGGAGUUUUUCAUUGCUGAUCCGUGAAGAUGAAACAGUGUUUUAGUCAGGCUUGGAGAGUGCAGUGAGGGGACUGAUCAAGGAGAGCAGUAUGUGUUAAAGGUAUAUUUAUUUGUUCUUUUCAGAAGGACUGAAGUCAGCCUUCUCACAAGGAGCGUUUAGUUUGACUGUAGAAGACUGAGAGAUCAUUUAAGUGUGUGUGCGUGUGUGCGAGUGAUGGUUUGUGUGUUAACAUCAGUGCCUGCAGGCUCUCCAUGACCCCUGCUGCUGGUGAGUAAAUCUAAAAAGGGCAUUUUGAUCAAGUAUGAAAGCUAACUCAAAAAACUGUCUAAAGCACUGGCCUCCGCUCUUCUGAUACCCUCCCCUGUCAUUUGACUGGGCAGAUGUUUCACUUUGAAUUUCGGGUGACAUCAAACACAUCCUGUAAGUGUGCUCUGUGUUUCUGUAUGGAGCUUAUUGAUUUUCUGUAAUGCAUCAAAUAACAGGUUUGGAUUUGUUUCAUGUGAAGGUGCCAAGUAUGCUUGUACUCCCCGGUGAGUGUGUACAGUAUUUUCUGCUGGAAAUCAGAAGCACACAUGCUGAGGUACGAGCCAAAGCAGAAUAUGCGGCUUGAUCACAAAGAAACGUCUACAUGUUUAAUGAGGUCCACUUUAAUAUUGUGAGAUUUUUGGCACUAUAGUUACCAAAACUGCACAGAGGCAUAUCUGAAAUAAUUUUGUUUUACUUUUUGUUAGUCUUUUUUAGUGUUAACCUACUGUAAAAGUCUUAUUCUCACCUUCCAUUUUGAGUUUUUGGAAGGUACACAGACAAUGAAUGUACUGAUCCUGUCUGAUUUUUCUUUUAUUAUUGUAGAACGAUUCUGCUACCCUUGGGGCCCCUAAUAAAAAGCUACAUAUGACAAAAUUGUGGCUUUUAACAAAUAACAGUUAAAUUAGAAAUGACAUUUUUCUAUAUAGAAGGCCUCCAGGGAUAUUUAUGUUGCAAAAGAGCGUCCGUUAUUAUCAAAAUCACACUAUACAAUCAAUACUUGUUAACAAUGUGGCAGUAAGAUGCUUUUUGAGAGCUGUUUUUUUUUUUCCCCCGUUGUUGAUCAUCAAGCUGUGAAGAUUGAUAGACUCAAAGGGGAGUUUAUUUUAGCUGUAAACAAUCACAAUUGUUGGUAAUCAUCAGCAGGGCCAUUUUAGUCUUACACUCAGCUAUAGUAUGUUUUUUUCCCUUUACCUUAUAUUGAUUUUCUCCCCUGUUCCCCAACUAUUGAAAAUUAAAAACAAGUGACCAAAAUUAAUCUAAAAAAUAUAUCACUAAAAUCUUACUAAGUAUAGCCCCUUUUAUGAUGUUUCGAAUAUGCAUGUCUUUAAACAUUUCUAACCCUAAUGCCAAAUAACAGUAUAUGAGGCUCAGAACUGAGCCAUAUUAAUUUAAGAUAUUCAAGACAAAUCACUCUUUUCUAUUCCAGUAGUGAAGUAGCUGGGAUCUCUUUUAAAACCUAUGAGCCUAUGUAUCUGUUGGUCUCUAAUGCAUUUUAAGUACUUAUCUUUAUUUAUUACUUUUCAGUUUGUUUAAUAAAUGAUUGUCAAGAAAACCUCA